GAAUAUGUAAUUGUCCUUUUAAGGAAUGGCAGGCGGAAAGAAGAAGCGAAGAAUGAGUUGAAUGUAUUUUUGGGGGAUGACAGUGAUUCUUUUGUUUCUUGGUUGUGGGAUCAUCUGGCUUCAAAUUUGGAUUUGCAUGUGCAAUCUCAGGAUUCUGAUAUGGAAGAUGCGAGUAAAAGAAAAACUACAUCAGGUGACCAAACAGGAAAUACUGAUUCUUAUCAUUUGGGUUCUGAGCCAGAAAGAGAGAAGUCUAAUAAAUUAACUAGAAGCCGGCACAAUAGGGAAUGGAAAGGACUAGCUAGGGAUGCAGCUGAACCCCCUCCUUUUCUCAGCUCUGAGAUUGGAGAUAUUCAUGUAGAUGAAAAAAGUCAUAGCAAAGUAAUUCGUGCAAAAUCUCCUUUGCGCCAACCUGCAGCUCAGAGGAAAAGGAUUCGGCCUGAUGAGAGACAUAAUACAGAGAGGGAACCAGUUUCUCAAGUGAAUAUUGAUGCCCCUCGACGGCUACUCCAAUUUGCCAUGCGGGAUGCGCUGACAACCUCAAGGCAAUCAAAUUCAACAAUGCAGCCCACAUUGAAGCGACUCCGUUCUGUGGUUUCUACACCCACUGUUGACUCAUCAGUGGCUGAUCGUCCUCGACGAAUUCAAUCUGUUGCCAGGGUGCCAAAUCCCAUGUCAACUGUAAUGAAAGCUGUUGCAGAAGCUGCUGAAAAUGUAACAAGAGUUAAAUCAUCAGGUAGUGUGUUUGACCGACUUGGUCGUGGUAUGGAUGUCUCAGAGACGAGUGGCCCACUUGCAUCAUUUAGAGAAGCUGCUACUGAGGAUGGUGUAUAUGAAGAUGCCAUCCAAAUUCGUGAGCAAAUGCGAUCAACAUAUCUUAAAAAAAGUGAACACAGUGGGCAGUUUGUAAGGAAUGCUAUCUUAGAAAGUGAAACUGGUUUGGCUUCUGAUUGUAUAUCAGACAAUGAAGGGUUUGAUGAUGUCAAUGUUAUGGGUCGUAGAGUUACUGAUGUUUCUCAAACUGGGACAUCUGGUGGAAGCAAGGGUGCUGACGAUGUUAUGCGGAUAUCAAGGAAUAAAGAUCAGGGUCAACCUACUGCACCUGCAAAUUCUGCUCAUAAGAUUGUGAACAUAUCUGUGAAUGUCAAUACUUGGAAACCACCCCAUUAUCAGGAGCCAAAAGAAGUUGCUGACUCAGAUGACUGGACUUCUGUACAGGAUGGCGAGGGUAGGGGUUCCCAAAUCUGA